AAAUAUCGAAAAACUGGCCUUGUAGAUUUCUAGGCUUAGACCAGCAUUUGUUUGAAUGCAGCAACACUUUAGAAAUAUGGAAAAUAGUGUUUGAAAAUGAAUAUAAUUCAUAUUUUUUAGGAAUACAUUUAGACAGUAGUUGACAACUUUGAUCAAGAAAUGGCCACUGAGGAACCCGUCAGUGCCAGAUCAGGGAAAGAAAAAAUUAACCUGUCUGAUUCUGUUGAUCUGGACGCUGACCUAGACUAUGAUAGCUUUGACGAGAGCGGCAACGACAGGCCAACAGAGAGAUGGGCUCCCCUUGGAGCUGCUGUCAGCCCCUCACCUUCUCCCUAUGAACCCAGGCGAGCAAGUGACUGCGAAGAGCUUAGACGUCUAGAAGAAGAGCAAGAACAGCUGAACUCAUCUCUGCUGGCCCUUACAACACAUUUUGCUCAAGUGCAGUUUCGUCUCAAGCAAAUUGUCAGUGCUGAAGCAGAGGACAAAGAGACUCUCCUAAAAGAACUAGAAGAGUUCGCUUUUAAAGGAAUCCCUGAUGUUAGAGGCUGCAAGGUUCAAGAUGCACAGAUUCUAGAGGAAGUGAGUGAGAGGGAACAUGAGAUGAAGAUUGGUGAACAAAGAGAGAAACAAAGACAGCUGAUACAACAGCUCAAGUCACAGCUGGAGGACCUGGAGACUUAUGCUUACGAGACUGGAGAUGCCGACAGCUUGCCAACAAGUAAAGUGAUGGAGAAACAGAAAGUUGUAUUAGAGGAGCUGAAACACAAGUUGGAUCUCAACUUAGAGAAUUUAGACAGUCUGAGCACUGAAGAGCUUUGUCAGGUUGUGGACCAUGCUGUUGGUCAAAUAGUGAACCCCGCCAAAGUUAAAGAGAAACUUGUGGAACAGUUGAAGACCCAAAUAGUUGAUCUAGAAAGGUUUAUACAGUUUUUACAAGGGGAAGCAACUAGUCCAGGUCCUUUAGGAAAAGACAGAUGUUUAUGUCCUGUUCAUGAAGAUGGGCAGACUCCAGCAAGUGGACACCAUCGCCAUGGUGAUCAGAAGAGCAUUGGUUCUUCUAGUCACUCGAAACAAAAAAAUCAUUUCAGCUUUAGUGGUAGGGACAAAAAAGAAGAUCAUGAACAUUCAAAGCAUUUAAAUGAAUCAGCCAACACUAUCAUGAAGAAGGCCCUGACUGUCUUACAAAUCUACAUCAUAAGUCAGCUGGGCUGUGGCAGCAGGGACUUUAAGAGAAACCUGCUGAAAAAAACUGCUAAAGGAAAUCAUUGGGGGGACCUGCGAGCCAAACUGGAAAUGGCCAUAACAAAAUGUAUUGAUCUGGCAGAGAAACAAAAACAGGAAGCCAAACAGGACACAGACAGUGAGGACUACUCUUCUGAUUCAGAUGAGAAUACCAACCAGUCCAGUCCUGCACUGACCCAGUGUGUUCGCAAGGACCUGGCCAUGGCCCUGCGCGACCUGAUGCAGCAUGGCCUGAUGGAAGUGGGCCAGUCCACCAGCCUAGUGCCGUUUGGCUGCUUUCCCAGCCGGUCAGCACAGAUGACCCGGAUGUUGCAUGCCUGGGAUUUGUUUCUCAAGUAUUACGAGAUGAAGAAUGGCAGGGAAUAUAAUGAGUCUCCAGCCAGGAAAUUGUCCCAGUCGUUUCACCUUGAUAUGGUGGGGGGUAAACCCAUCACAGCCAAGCAGACUUUUCUAGGGGCUAUUGAUACAGUCAUCAACUCUCACACACCCCUCAAGCGCAGCGAGGACGCCCACCUCAAGGCUUUUAUAAGUAUGGCUCUCAAUGAACGUAAACUAGUGACUUGGCUGCGCCUACUCUUCAGGACACAGACCCUCAUUGACAUGUAUUACCAGGACUGGAGUUAUGUUGCUCGAACAGGUUUUGAAGAUGCUUUACGAUCGUUGGAACGUUUGUUGGUCAUUAAUUUCAAUUUGCCAGUAGACCUUGCUGUCAGAACAUUCAGCAACAUCAAAGAUGCCUUUUGAUCCUGUGGUCUAAAAAUUUUAAGUCUCUCGGGUAUUUUGAAAUUAACAGCUAAUGCCCAAUUUCUUAAAAACCAAUCAUUCUGUCUCAAAUUCUUUUAAGAUAAAGGGUGUGAAAAUAGUUAUACACAUAGUAAAACCUGGCAUUUAAAGAACCGUAACAAAUUUAAGCAUUUAUUUACUUAUUAUCUCCCAUUUAUGAUUUUACUUUUUUUUUUUCUCACUCCCUGCUGUAUUAGAAAAGAAAAUCAUAAUUUUUGUAGUGAAUUUCUGUGAAGAUGUGCAAUAAUUGUGAUAAUAGAUUUAUUUUCUAGUUUUAACCAAAGUUAUUUUACAACCUUCUUUGAGUAUAGAAUGUUGUGCCAUUAUUUUUAAAAGUGCUAAAAUAUUAUUAAUUUGCAAUGUUAUUUUUUUUUAUCAAAAUGUGUAACUAAAAUUGUAUUCAAAAUAUUACUUAAAGAAAAAGUAUAUUUGGAUUAUAUAAUUUUUGUUAUAAAAAUAUUUUCUCCUUUAAAGUUAAAUUCAAAAACUGCUUACAAUAAACAAAAGAAAUACUAUCUUUUGUAACUAUUGGAAAUUCCAUUUUUUUUUUGUAGAAUGAAAGUCUUUUUGCCAAUAUUUACAAAACCACAAUAUUCAGAUGGCUUACACAGUAUCACCUUUUGCUGACAUGUGUAAUUAAUCCUAAAACUUGUAUUUAAAAGGGAGAAACAUUUUUUAAGCUUUAAUUUAACUGUUUACAGUUUUUAAGAUUUCUUAUUUGUAAGUAUUUUAUUUUUCAUUCCAGUAUUUUAUCAGUAUUACAGUAAAAGAAAAUACAUAACUGCUACUUUCAGAAUUAUGUCCUAAUCAUUAGUUCAUCAAUAGUUUUGAUAGGGUUAAAAAUUCAUAGAAUAUUUUUAUAUACUGUAUAACAUUUGGUUUCAUUAAGGCAAAAAUAUUUUUUGAUGUUCAAGAAAUGUUCAAAACCUUUCUGUUUCCAUUUUUGUUAAAAGAGCAUUUUAUUUAAAUAUGUUUCAAAUUAUAGAAGUGUUCAUAGUUUUGAAAAAACAAAUUAUGUUUCACUGAUUCUUGAGACUUUAUUAAGAUAAAAGUUCAUCUGCAAGUUUUUUUAAAAACGUUCACAUGUCAAUAUUAAUGUAAUCUGACUACUUAAUUUGUUUUCUUUCAUUUUACUUCAAAUUUUUUUUGGUGCUGGUCUUUUCAACAUUUUUAUUUACUUGGUAAUGUUGGUUUUAAUAAUUAUUCCAUAACCACAUCUGUGACACUUAUAUUAUUUACAAAUUUCAAGACUGCCAUAAUAAUUUUUAUUCUGAUUACCUCCCUUAUUUACUCACCACUUGUUGACUGGAGAUUUUACUCCUUGUUUUGUAUCUCUCAAUAUCAUGAAAGGCAUAAUUUGAUUGGACAAUUUAAAAACUUAAAAAAACUAAACUUAAUUUCACUAUAGCAAAAAAUUUUUUUAUUACAUGGUAUUAUUGGAAUGUACACAUUUCCAUGGGUGAAAAGGUUAAAAUAAGUCAAAUAAUUUUUUUCUUAAUUUAGAUCUAUAUUAUGUGGGAUUAGUUACCUUUUUUGGUUGAUUAAUACAUUUAAAAAAUGUGUAAAAAUUGUAUCACAUUCCAUUUGUUAUUAUUACUAUAGGAAAUUAAAAGUAGUAGAUCUAGAUCUAGUAGAAUGGUCUUAGAUAAAGUAAUAUUUGUGUAAGUGUUGACAAAAAAAGAAAUGAAUUAAAAUCAGUGAAACUUAAGCUAGGGAAUAUAUGGACUUCAUCCAUAAGCUUUAAUUUUAAAAAAAAAUAACUAGUCAUAUUAAUGUUUAGAUUAUGUUUAUGCAUUCCUUACCCAUCAUUCCUCUAUCUAUUGUGGAAACAUUCUUUAUUUUUUGUGUGCAAUACUGUUGUGUGCACCAGAUCUGCAAACUUUAUGCUGUUUACAUAGCAGUUUAUCUCAUUGUUUUAAUGAUAAACAUUUUUGUCAACUGUGACACCUUGCACUAGCAACUUGUGGUUGUGCAUUUUAUUAAGUUUGUGAUUUAUUAUUUUGAAGCUUUAGUUAUUUGCAUAAAGUUGCACACCCAGCUAUUUGUGAUGUGUAAAAUUGUGAUUGAUAUAAAUAGAUUUUUUUUGCAUUGGGCCUAAUACUAAUAGGGUUAAAGUAAAAAUUGAAUCAAAUUUUUUUUUAAAGAAAUAAAUUUCCCUUACAUAAUAUAAAUGUCUACUAAAUAAUAUAACCAAAUGAAAAACCAGAGUUUUAAAGCCUAAGUCAACAGCUUAUAUGAAGUUAAGUUUGUCUGAAGAAUUAACUAGUUCAGUAUUGUGCUUUGUAAUGGUGUAAUGUUUGGUUAAGGGCAUCUGUCUAUUGUUAAUUAGCCAAGCUAUUGGUAUUUUCUCCCCUGAACUGUUUUCUCAAUCUGUUUUAAUCUUCCUAUCCUGUCCCAUCCUUGUUUUAUUUUAUUUUUUAUUAAUUUAAUGUGCAUGUAUAUUGUGUUGCAGUUUUUUAUUUAUAAAGUGUAGUUUUUUAAUUAACCAAUUUAAUUUUAAUUUAUUUAUGAAAUAUUUUGUAAAAAAAUACAAUUUAAACAAUGAUUUAUUUUUUAAAACCAUUUUGUUGAUUUUAAAUUAAAUUAAGAAAAAGGAUACAAUUUUUAAAAAUAUUGUUCCAUUGUAUUAACUCUUGUAAAAAUUUAAAAGAAAUUCACAAUCAUAAUGAUUUCAUAAAAUGAUAUAUACCUAUUUGGCUUAUUAUUCUUGAUAUAAUUUAAAUAAUUUCAUUAUUCUAGUCAUGUUUCUAUACAGUGUUUAUUAAACUUCUUCAAGUUUUCAUAAUACGAAUCUCUUAACAUUUGAAAUUAAUACAAGUAUAUACUACAAAUUUUUCCAUCAUUUUCUUAUAAUUUAGUCACUUUAAACAUUGGUCAUUUUAAAAAAUGCAGUAUUUUUCUCAUUGUUGAAACAAUAUUUGGUUUUGAAAAAGCAUUUUAAAAUUUGCAGUUUUAUGUUGCAAGUAUUUAUAUUAUGAUUAUCUUCAGAAAUUAUUUUUGCUCUAGAUUUUAAAAGCAGUUCAUCGUUUUAUGCUUUUAGCUAUUCAAAGUUUUGUACUACUUUUAAAUGUUAACAAAUGUUGGAGCAGUUAGUUAUCUUAGGUUGCUUAAUGUACAUGCAUUUAUUUAUUGUUUUCAUGCCAAGGGAGUUUUAAUUAUUUCUUUAAAUCCUAGUCUAAAAUUUAUGUGUAUAACUUUUUUUAAACUAGAUUUUAGGAGCAUAAAUUUUGUUAAAUUAUAGGGUAUUGUGGCUGUGAAUUAAUUGACAUGUUUUGUGCUGCAUUUAAAAAACAAAUUCUGUCGUGUUUUAAAUGAUCAGAUAAUUAAUUAAACACACAGCUUAAGCAAAGAAUGCCUGUUUUUGUUUUGUAUUAAAGCCUGAUUCGUUCCAAGUUUUUAAUGUGAACAGUGUUUUAUAUUUUUAGUUAGCCUUAUUUAGACUUGCUUCAAUGGUUAAAAGUAUAUCGGUAACAAAGGGCACAAAAAUUGAUUAGCAACUUUUUUUUUUAAAAAGUAUCUUAACUUAAGCAAGUUUUUGCAACUUUUUUAAAUGCCAGUUUUAACUUUUUUUUCUCAUAUUGUUGUCACACUAAAUUAGUGUUGGGCAAAAAAUAAUAUGCAAAGUACAUGCAUAAUACAGAUAUAGAUCUUAUUUAUUUACAUUUUAUAAAUAAAUCUAAUAAGUAAUUAUAGAAUAAUCAGCAAAAUACAGAAGUGAUUGUUUCAUUAUAAAUUUUUUAUUUACAUUAAUUAUGUUUCGAUUGUUUUUUUUUCAUCAAUGUACACCCUCAGUUUCCCUCAUGUUAAAUAAACUCAAUGUACAAAAUUCUUAAUUAUCAGCAUCGGUAAAAAUCAACACACAACAAGCCUUCAAACAACGUAGUAAGUUAAAAUGUCUUUCUUUUUUAAUUAUAAAAAGAAAUAAUACAAAAAAAAGGAAUAAAUUAACCUUUGAAAAUUAACAUUUUUUAUGCAUGAACUGAACAAAUUAUGAAAAUCUAUAAUCACAUUGAUUUUAUAACACAAUUGGACAAAAACAAAUUGGCACUGGAAAUAUUAUUUAAAAUAUGUGGACAUGUGAACAUUUUGAUGUGGGUUGGCAAGACUGAUUGAUGGGGGAGAAAUUGUUAUAUGAAUUAUGUAUGUAUGUCAGGAGAAAAGACGUCAUGAUAUUUAUACAGCAGUUUAAACAACAAGAAGUAAACAAGCAAGCCAGAAGACUGUUUUGGUGAAUUUUUUUCUUAAAAUAUGUCACUGACAGCAUUUAAAAUGUAUUCACACACAAGCUAAAAAUGUGAAAAAAAUAGAAACAUUAAUUCACUUGUCAUGUAGUGUAGACUAUCCUGCUUUU